UUUCAAAAUCUGUUUUCACCAUUAAGCUUCUUCUGUCAAAAAACUAUUUCUAUGUUGACUAUUUUGACAAAUAAAAAAGGGUGUGGUUAUUUCUAAAUCGUCCGUUUUUUAAGAAAUGAGUCUAUAUUAGUCGACGUUUCAAGUCCAUUGAAUUAAGAUACGAGGGUCAUCCUUAUUCUCUCAUCUCUCACUUUCUAUCGUUGGAUUAAGAUCUGAUGUUUAACAUAUCGAUUGAUCUCUAACUAAAAAACAGGCAACUUAUCAAUAGCAAAACCGAAUAAAAAAAGGUACUACUAGGUUACAGUGGCAUGGUUAUCAGGUAUUCAGUAUCACUCUGCAUCCAGGCAGUGCUUGCAUGGCUAACAGAAUGGUCUCUUGUUAACAUCUCUAUACUCCAAACUUGUACUCCGUAUAACAUUGAAUUGUCUAAUAACAAAUCAUUUAUUAACUAGUAAGGUGAUAACAUUUCAGUGCUAAGCAUUAAGCACUAUACAACAAGUCGUAAUUAGCAUAUCCAAGUGAGAUCUAAUUUUCCUUCGUGAAGACGAAUUCAACCGUGAGGAUAGAUCAGUACUGAGAUUAACAGUUUGUAAAAAAAAAUUAGAAAUACUAUUUGAGACGAGAAACAGAAAUAUUUUGCAAAGCACGGUAGAAAUGGUUGCGUUCACUCGUUGUACAUCUCCUGCACGCCUAUAUUUCACCCGUAACCAAGUGGCGUCCGCCUUUUAACAGAAACCAUGAGUUGGUAACGGCCUCCUGCGCAUGCACAUUCUGAUCAGCAUGUCUGCAUGUGAUGAUCCUGCAUGCCAGCUCUGCGAUCACAGAGACUUAACGAGUCAAAACAAACCUCAGAUCGUCUGGAUCGACCGAUCAAAUCGUCCGCCCCGGAUCCUGAGCCCACACGAUGCGUUGCUCCGCCGCGCUAAUCUUCUUCCUCCUCGCCGUCUCGAGACUCUGCGUCCUGGCCGUCGUCAUCCGUGCCGACGCGGGCGCGAGCGCGAGCAUCCCCGCCCCCGCCCCCGCGCCGGCCCCGGACCCGCUCCUGCCGUGCCUGGAGGAGGUGCUGCCGUGCACGGCGUACCUCAAGUCGGCGAAGCGCCCCGCCCAGACCUGCUGCACGGCCCUGAGCCGGGCCGCGGGCGCGGGGAUGCCGUGCCUUUGCCGGCUGCUGGCCGACCCCGGGAUGCUCUUCACCUUCAACGUCACCAGGGAGCAGACGCUCAGGCUCCCCUCCCGCUGCGGCCUCCCCGUCGGCUGCCGCUCCAGCGCCACCGGCACCUCCGAGCCAGUUGUGGAGGCGCCGCCGCCGCCGCCCGCGGUCCCGCCGCCGCGCCGCCGCGUUCCCGAUCCGUCGUCCAACGGCGGCGGCCGCUGCGGGACCGGCGCCCGGCGCGCGAUCGUGACGGUGCUUUUGGGCGGACUGGUCUCGAUCGCUCUUCUGGGAUGA